GCCUGCUCUCGUCUACUUUACAGGCGAGGCGCAGUUCAUCUCCAACGAGCUUACUACUUCCAUGGCCUGUACUACUAUGGCGAGUGGAUAGUGCCACGGAUAACCUACCGAAGGAGACUGUCGUGUGACUCUAACGUGUGGAUUGACUACACCGUCGCCAGUGUACAUCGUAGUUGAUAAUUUAGUGUCCACAGUAAACUGGGUGAGGCAGUCGACACAAGCCAUCAGUGGUAUAGGAUCCUUAACAUCACAAAGGAAUUUUAUCAAAUGGAGGCCUCAAAGAAGGAUAUGUCAGACCUGGAGGAGGGCAUGGUCACUAUUAUCAAAGUUUUCCACAAAUACUCGGGUCACAAGUGCAAGCUGAAGAAAGCAGAGCUUAAAGAGCUUAUCAACAAUGAAAUGAGUGAAUUCAUAAUGAAAAUUCAUGAGAACGAAACUCUGGAUAAGCUCGUUGCAGACCUCGACCAGAACGGAGACCUGGAGAUUGACUUCAAAGAGUUCAUCACCCUCAUCGCCAUGGUUACCUCAGCAUGCAGUGAACUCUUCAUCCCAAACUACCAUAAUGAUUAGUUAGCAUGUAUAACUACUUAUUACUUAUUAAACAUCUGAAGA